AUGCCUGCGGCGCCGAUUUCCGCCCCGGCGCCCUUCCACCUAACGGCGCUGGACCGAGAGAUCCUGUCUCAGACAGACGAGGAGUUCGUCUACCAUGACUGGGACAAUCUGAAAUGCAUCAUAGCUGCCAAUUCCCUCCAUCUCUUCAAGAGAAAACCGUCUGACUUGGCCAACUAUAUCAAGUGGUCAGCCGACAUCAAAGGACUGUACGAAACUAUCACGAAUUAUAUCUGUCUCGAACGCCUUCACUGGCCCCUCGACCUCGAUCCCGACACCCACUGUGCCAACGCAACACCCUUUGCUGAUGCUCGAGAUUAUAAAAUUCUUCGGAAUGAUUGGCCUUAUGGCGUUACCCCCGACGUCACCCAUGUCGUGGUGUGGGUGAAGAAUCGGAUUGCUGUGGAUGAGCGUAUUGGUGACCUUACUCCCGAAUCUAGAGCGCUGAUUGAUGCGUUUGUGCAGAAGGUGUUCGUGGGUCGAUUGGUGGGUGAGUUUACGGAUGCGAAGGACCGCGUAAUGUGGUUCAAGAACUGGACGUCGCUGCAGAGUGUAAGGUCUCUAGAGCACAUCCAUGUACUUGUGCGGGAUGUUCCCGAAGACGUCGUUUCAGAAUGGACGGGAGAGCCGCCCCGAAAACUUAGUGAUCCUACUGUAGGAAUGGAAAAGGCAGCUUUGCUAAAAGCUGCCUCUUAG